CUUUCCGAAACUUUGCAUCGGCAAGACGUCGAAUUAAUUCAUCCACUUCUUCGAGUAAGUAAAGUUCGUUUCUGCGGUUCGCUUGCGGUGUGGCCACGUACUUGAAACGCUUCUAUUGUUAAGCUGAUUCGGGGUGGAGUUGCUUCGGAACGGUAUCUUACGCGCAUCCUGGUCUUUUUCUCUCUCCACCAUCCAAACUGCAGCAGCGAGGCGGAAAAUCAUGAACUGCCGGUUGCUGGUUUGUCUGUGUGCCCUUGUGGCGGUGGCGUUUGCCGGUGAAGCCGACGUGCUGGAGCUGACCGAUAGCGACUUUUCGAGCCGCGUUGGCGAAACCGAAACCACUCUGGUGAUGUUCUACGCGCCUUGGUGUGGACACUGCAAGAAGCUAAAACCCGAAUAUGCGAAGGCUGCCGAGUUGCUGCGUGGUGAGGAUCCUCCGAUCGCACUUGCCAAGGUGGACUGUACCGAGGGUGGUAAGGACACCUGUAACAAGUUCAGCGUCAGUGGCUAUCCCACACUGAAGGUGUUCCGCAAUGGCGAGGUGUCGCAGGAGUACAACGGUCCCCGCGAGGCGACCGGCAUCGCUAAGUACAUGAAAUCGAUCGUCGGCCCGGCAUCGAAGGACCUGCUGACGGUGGAAGCGUUCGAAGCGUUCCUGAAGGUGCAGGAAACCUCCGUCGUGGGUUUCUUCCAGAAGGAGUCGGAUCUGAAGGGUGUUUUCCUGAAGUACGCCGACAGCCAGCGCGAGCGUCUGCGGUUCGGUCACAGUAGCGCGGCGGAAGUGUUGGAAAAGCAGGGCGCAACCGAUGCCGUGUAUCUGUUCCGUGCCCGCCAGCUGGCGAACAAGUUCGAGCCCGAUUUUGUCAAGUUCGAGGGAACCACGAAGCAGGAGCUGGCCGACUUUGUGAAGGCCAACUACCACGGACUGGCCGGAGUGCGUUCGCGUGACACUACGAGCGACUUCAAGAACCCGCUGGUGGUCGUGUACUACGCGGUGGAUUACGUGAAGAACCCGAAGGGCACGAACUACUGGCGCAACCGUGUGCUGAAGGUGGCGAAGGAGUUUGUGGGACGCGUCAACUUUGCCGUAAGCGCCAAGGACGAUUUCCAGCACGAGCUGAACGAGUACGGGUACGAUUACACCGGCGACAAGCCCCUGGUGUUGGCCCGCGAUGCAAAGAACCAGAAGUUCAUCAUGAAGGACGAGUUUUCGGUGGAGAAUCUGCAGGCCUUCGCAACGGAGCUGGAGGAGGGUUCGCUGGAGCCGUACGUCAAGUCGGAGCCGGUGCCGGAAAGCAACGACGGCCCGGUGAGGGUAGCUGUGGCAAAGAACUUCGACGACGUGGUCGUUAACAACGGUGUCGACACGCUGGUUGAGUUCUACGCACCGUGGUGUGGACACUGCAAGAAGCUUGCCCCGACGCUGGAGGAGCUCGGCACCAAGCUGAAGGAUGAGGCCGUCUCGAUCGUGAAGAUGGAUGCCACCGCCAACGAUGUGCCGUCCCACUUUGAGGUCCGCGGCUUCCCGACGCUCUACUGGUUGCCCAAGGACGCCAAGACCAGUCCGACCCGCUACGAGGGUGGUCGCGAGGUCGAUGACUUCGUGAAGUACAUUGCCAAGCAUGCGACAAGCGAGCUGAAGAGCUUCGAUCGUGCCGGUAACGCGAAGAAGACCGAACUGUAAUCUCCUACCCUCUCUCCCCGCCGUUUCUUUCUCCGUUCCGAUCGGCAGCCAUCGAAAGGUGGGUUUUUCUCAAAGUUUUCCCCUAUUUUCCUUCUCCCAAUCGGUAGCAUCAGUUGGGAGGGUAAAGCGAUUCAGGUUCCAACAGGCAUUCCAUAAGGCUGCUGAUUUCUUCCCGUUCUUCAGAUCUGUCCGCCAUUAAGGGUUUCUAUGCGUGCGAUGUGCUAACUGUAGCUAGGAGGCCACAACAAAUGUCGUAACAUUAAGCAUGUAGUAGGAUCGAAACACACACACACACACACACACAAAAUACGCUACUAGCUCGGUGAUACAGAGAACAAAAAAGGGCAAAUGGAACUUCGUCCUCUCAUCCAACUAGCCGCUUAUCGAAUACUAAUGACUUAGGGUGUGAUGGUGUUGGUACGAACAACAAUUUAAAAGGCGGCAACGAGGACGAAGAACUGCAUUUAGAACUGAACAAAAAUCUGUUUUCUAGAUUUAAAUUUUCUCUGUCUUAUCUGGAGCGCACUACACACUGGAAGAGUAUUUUGAUUCCGAGGGCAAGCGAUAGGUACACCGACACGACACACACACACCAGAUAAGAGAAUCUUUUCGUCGUCUCCCCCCGUCGUUUUCUGCAGUGCAUUUUAUACCGGGGGGAAACGAGCGGUGCUUAACGGUCAUGAUAAUGAUUGGAGAACCAUACUACUGCUAACCGAUCGCGGCCCGGUCAUCAUCUGUCCUACGUUUUCAUUCUUACGUUCCCUUUCUUCAUUGUGUGCACUGUGAGAGCAUUUUUUUUAAUAAACAGAAAGGAUCUAAUAACAAACGUAA